AUGGUCUCCAUCACCACCGAAUACAUUAGCGUCGGCGGAAAUAGGCACCCCGCCGCCGCGGACUGGGAUGUUCAGUCCGGCAUCCUAGCCUACGGUGCGGAUAAUAAUGUAGCCUUGUGGGAUCCCCUGGAAGAAUCGCAUCGUAGUGUCUAUUCGCUUCUCGUUGGCCAUACGGACAAGGUCAGCGCCGUCCGAUUUUAUACCUGUCCCAAGACAGGGAUAAAGCUCCUCAUAACUGGCUCUGUCGAUUGUACCGUGCGCUUAUGGAGAGCCGAACCAACUGAUCACAGGAAAUUUGCUCAUGUGCUUGCUUUGACGGAUCAUACGGGCUCAGUCAAUGCUAUUUCCAUAAAUGAAGGCCUUGACAUCGUCGCAACGGGAGGAGCUGAUGGAACCGUCAAGAUAUGGAGGAUACAUGCCGGAGAGUCCGUGGGAGGUGAGCUGUUGGAGAGUAUACCAAUGAAGCCACGUUAUUUCCCGCUGGCACUGGCAUUAGCCCCGCUUCCAACAGAAACACAAGACAGGCCAGCAGCAUUGGCAGUUGCUGGCACCACCAAUAUCGUGCAAAUAUACGCUGCUGCAGAUACCGUUACGACGCCACAUUUCAAGAUAUCUGCUACACUUUCUGGCCAUGAGGCCUGGGUGCGUUCGCUUUCUUUCACUGCGGACAUGCAGAGCAAUACAGGGGACAUUUUGCUUGCUUCCGCAAGCCAAGACAAGUAUGUUAGACUAUGGCGACUCAAUCGUGGAGAGGCUGUUGUUGCGGGACCGGACGAAGAUCCUGUUCUCGGUGGACUCGAGCCGACAUUGUCCAAUAAAGCCCAUCAGUUCGAAGCGGCAGGCUCCAAGUAUUCUAUGACAUUCGAAGCUCUCUUAUUCGGUAACGAAGAUUGGAUAUAUACUACUGCAUGGAAUCCGAACCCCGAGCGCCAGCAACUUCUUACUGCAUCCGCAGACAAUACUCUGACUAUCUGGGAGCAGGAUACAGUCUCCGGAGUAUGGCUCUCCGCCGAACGAAUGGGAGAACUCAGUGUACAAAAAGGCUCUACUACAGCAACUGGAAGUACUGGAGGCUUUUGGAUUGGCCUCUGGUCACCGGACGGUAAACAGGUUGUCAGUCUUGGGCGUACGGGUAGCUGGAGGGCAUGGGUGUAUGAUGCCGAAACUGAUAUCUGGGUCCAGACUCUCGGCAUCACUGGGCAUGUGCGAUCUGCGAAUGGAAUCCAAUGGGAGCCUUCUGGAGGAUAUCUUUUAUCGACAAGCGCGGACCAAACAACCAGACUCCAUGCGCAGUGGCUGCGCGAUGGAAAAAAGUCGUGGCACGAAUUUUCACGGCCACAAAUCCAUGGUUAUGAUUUAAAUUGCGUCGAUACACUGGGACCGCAACGUUUCGUAUCAGGUGCCGAAGAAAAGCUUCUACGAGUAUUCAACGAACCCCGACCUAUUGCCCAAUUGCUUGAAAAACUAUCUGGGCUCGCACAGAAUGCAGAGGGCGAACUUCCAGACACAGCGCAGAUUCCAGUGCUGGGUUUGUCCAAUCAAGCUGUGGGUGAGGAAGCCCCUGUGGAAUCAGAUACGGUCGAGGCCGAGGGUGCAGGACAAGCGCAUGCAUACCAAGCGAUACUAUCGAAUUCGACCCGUCCCCCCCUCGAGGAUCAACUGGCUCGUUACACCUUGUGGCCCGAGCACGAAAAGCUUUACGGCCAUGGAUACGAGAUAUCCGCCGUGGCUGUGAGCCACGACCGCACUGUAAUCGCUACCGCGUGCAAAGCUAGCUCGAUAGAUCAUGCAGUGGUGCGCCUGUACGACACGUCCGAUUGGCACGAAAUUCGUCCAUCACUUGCAGCGCAUACUUUGACGAUCACAAGCCUCUCUUUUUCACCUGAUGACCAGUACUUGCUCAGCGUUGGUCGAGAUCGCCAGUGGGCAGUUUAUCGUCGAAGUGACUCAAAGCCCUCAGCUUUUGCGCUCAUGACAUCCAACCCAAAGGGUCAUUCGCGCAUGAUUCUUGAUGCGGACUGGGCUCCUGCAUUAGAAUCUCAACUUUCGAUCUUUGCUACAGCGGGUCGAGACAAGUCGAUCAAGCUGUGGCAGAUAACGGGUGAAUCAGUCGAAUGUAAGGCUACGAUUCCCGCGAGGAGCUCAGUCACUGCCGUCUCAUUUUCCCCACACGCGUAUGAUGGGUUGCUCUUCCUUGCAGUGGGAGAGGAUGACGGGAAGCUCUCGAUACAUCAAAUCAACGUGGACAAUCUAGAAGCCAGCCCGCUAGUGAGCUUUGAUAGAGACCACUCACCGUCGAAAACUAUUACGGGGCUAUCGUGGCGUCCUCCCUCACAUCUGAGUGAGGCGGGAGAGGGGAAGGAAAACCUAGAACUUGCUGUCGCAAGCGAAGACACUUCAGUACGUUUAUACAGCAUCUCAAACAUGGUGCCUGAGCCAUGA